CUGGCGCAUGCCCAGUCCGUCCAAACAACUUUUUCCUAACACUUCAGAAGAGGUCACUUCACACACCAGUCUGUUAAAUAGCCCUUGUUGAACAACCGGGACAUACACAACGACAUAUUAGUUAAUGGAAUACUUCCUUCUGAAUAUGCGAGCAGGAGCUGAGAAGAUACAAGUAACACACCCACCCGCUUAAGGGAUCGACUCCGCAACCGCCGCCUCGCCGGAGCCACACAGCCUGGAAGAAGUGCGCAUGUGUAAACUGAACGAAAUGAGACUACAAUUCCCAAAAUGCUGUGCGAGACACUCUCCUAGUGCAUGUGCCUUAACCACGUCCACUACUCUUCCAGAUCUGCAAAAAUCCGAAGGUUACUUUUGCUGUCACUAGUUGCACCUGGGCAAAACUUAGACACAUAGAAUUGCAACGAGGGAAUUAAAAAAACAAUUUGUCAUGACUUCCUUAAUGAAAAAGUACUCAGCACAGAAAAGGCACCACAAGCCAUCGGCCCCUACAGGUACAAGCCAUCCAUGUCCUCCCAUCUAAAUCAAGGUUUGCUGAUCAACCGGACACUGUAUGUCUCUGGACAGGUUGGUAGAGAUCCCACAAGUGGAAAGCUUGUGUCAGGAGGGCUGGCAGAAGAAUUUAAACAGGCUCUUGUAAAUGUGGGAGAAAUUCUCAAGGCUGGAGGCUGUGACUUCAGUAAUGUGGUAAAGAGUACUGUUCUACUGGCUGACAUAAAUGACUUCAAUCUUUUUAAUGAUGUCUACAAGCAAUUUUUCAAAGGUAGUUUUCCAGCCAGAUCUACCUACCAAGUUGCUGCUUUGCCUCUCGGAGCUCAUAUGGAAAUUGAAGUGAUAGCUGUGCAGGGGCCACUCACUUGUGUCUGAUUAAGAAAAGAAGUCUCAUCUGGGCUGACAAUGUCAUUUGGGCUGGGGCCAACAUGGUUCUUCAUCUUCUUCUAAUUUUAGCAGCUUCUGUUGAAAAUCCUCAGCUUUGACAAGAUGGAAUUUCAAUGACUAACUUUAGAAGUUGUCCCAGUUAGGGGUCAAAACAGAAUGAAAGUUAUCACAACUUUAAAUUGGAAAACAGAGAGCCAAACAGAAAUAAGAAAUCAGCCAGACUGGGAGGAGAUGGGGGUGGGGAGCCUCGGAACAGUGUUUAAAUAACUUCAUUCACAUACCCUUCCACCUAUCCUAAAGGAUAAAGAGUUGUCAUAGUACCACUCAUACAAGGCUUCUUAGCUUUUUUGGGGUCGUGGACCCUUUCUUUGAGUAAUGAGGGUUGCUUACAUUAAUAAUAUGGAAAUACUAAAUUAGAGUUAGAAAUUAGUGAAAAUAAAGAUAUAAUUUCCUUCCCUACUCAUUUGCACAGACUUCCUGAAAUUUGUCCAGGAAGCCCUUAGGAGUCCAUGGACCCCAGGUUAAGAAUUCCUGCACUAGGAGAACUAUGGCAUAGUGGAAGGGCCCAGAUUUGAACUGUGUUUGAAGACCAGUUCUGCCGUUUACUGUCCAUGUGACCUUGGACAAAUCACUGAACUAUAGUUUCCUCAUUUCAAACUUACUGGCUCCAUUUCCUCUUCUGUAAAAGGGAUUUGGAUUAUAUGGCCUCUGAGAUCCCUUUAAAUUCUAAAUCAAUGAGCUGUAACAUGGGGAUAAUUCCUGUCAUUCUUCUAUCAUAGUGUAGUCAUGGGGAAUUAAGUUAUAUCACAUUUAAAUUGCCUUGUGAAUUAUGAAGCUCCUUGAGUCAGCUGUUAGUAUUAGAAGCCAGGAAGGAAGUCAGUGUUUUCCUCUGGACAAAAAUAUGGAAUGGUGGCCAAAGUGGAACUCCCAGACAGGUAUACCAAAAGUAGGAGAUACUGUCCAAAUAUCCACUUAACCAGUGCCCCAUGUAUUCUGGGAGACUCUUGUUUUUCAGCCUUGUUCAUCAGAGAAUUUAUCUAAUGAUAUUUACAUUAUGAAGUCUGGGUGUUUAGGAUUAAAAUGUGGAUUUCAUCAUAUUAUAUGUCAUUUAUAUCUUAUCACUUACACUCAUAUCACUUAUGGUACCUACCUCUAAUUUAAUACAAUACUAAAUAAAAAGCAAAGAAAAGUA